AUGGAAGUCUCCAAUGAACAUGGUUAUGGAUCAAUUUCUGACAGAAAAUUAAUUCCUGGACUUGCGACGAAAACAAUUAAUGCACAAUUAAGCGUCAAUAUUGAGUCAACUGUGAAUGCUAGAAAUCGCAGUCCUUUAUCUUCUACCAAAUUGAACAACAAAACAAAUAAGCCAGUUCGUUACUUUAUAUCCGGUUCAAAUCCUAGUGUAAUUCAAAAUUCUGCACUUUCCUUAGCUGAUCUCAGGCAAUUACCUCAAACUUGGAAGGCCCCAGUCAAAUGCUUAAUUUGCUCUCGUCGUUUCAAUCAUAUCUGGCAUUUAGCAUUUCAUUUAGUGACUAAUUAUCCCUCAUUAACUUUCAAAUUUUAUGUUGAUGCCAAAAACGAUGCGAAUGACUGUUCAAGUAAUAAAAAUUCAGAGAAACGUGUUCAGGAUCCUUCAUUUAUUAUAAGAUUUUCUACUUCUAAUGAAACAAAUGAGCUUGGAAAAAAUGGAGCAAAUAGACAAAUUUUAAUUUUCAGGUUUAAAUUAAAGUUUUAA